AUGUCAACUACAACCAAUAAUAACAAUAACAAUAACAAUCAAACAACUGAAGAUGUUGUAAUUGUUAAAGCAGACAGUGUACAGGAUAUCCAACAUAUUAUAAUAUCAUCAAAGUUGACUGUACCUGUGGCUCAUGCAAUCCUGAACUCACCUCUGAAAGAUGAGUUCAUUGCAUCAUUCACACUGUUGCUUACUACAAUGGAUCUACAUCCAACUACCAAGGUGGCAUUCUUGGCCGGUUGCUUUGGCAACAGGAUGUACGACUUGGGUCGCAGUCUGCUGGACACCAACAAGUUCACCUUUGUCGAGAUUCUAAAGUGUCUCAAGGUGCUUGACUCGAAGCGUGUCCUUCGUGUCUACAAGAAGAAGCUGGCCACAAUGUUGGAGAAGGCCAGGAUCAGACAGGAGAGAAUCGACAAGAUCACCGAAGAGUAUAUGAAGACCAAACAAGACUCCAACAACAACAACAAUGGCAACGACACCAAGAAGGAGAAGAAGGUAGAAGAGAAGAAGGAGGAUGUGGCCGCGGUGGAGACCACAAAGAAACCAGCCCGCCCAACCAAGAAGGUCGCUGCAAAGUCAAAGGGCAAGGGCAAGGGUAAGGGCAAGGGCAAGAAGGCCAUAACACCAAAGGAGGACGAGAAGAAGGAGCUGACAGAGGACGAGAAGAAAAAGGUGGAGAAGCGCCAGUCCAAGCAGGAGCGCGAGGCAAUGUUCAAGAACAGGUUUGAGAACACCAAGAAGUUCUUUGAGUCCAAGAUCGCAGAGUAUGAGGCAUACCAGUGCAAUGGCAGCCUGUGUGGCAGCGUGACCAAGGUGUUCAAGAAUUGGUUCAAGACCGUUCCCGUCAAGACCCUGGAGUUCUUUGCCCUGGGACAGCCCAAGGAGACCUGGAAGGAGAUUGCCGACCUUCUUCAUUUAGCCCCAUCAGACUUCCAGCUGCCCUGGUUCCUGGAGUUCAUGUUUGGCAAGCCCGCACCAGAGGGCACCUCUGUGCACGCUUUUGACCAGGCCAAGGCUGCAUCGGACGAGGGCAAGUCCGUGGACUAUGGCGCCAUCAUCGAGAAGUACCGUCCUCCCUACUCUUUCCUGAGAAAGCGUUUGACCGAGACCGAGUUCACUCAGGCGCUCAAACUAAAGGUGGCCGAGUACGAGGAGGUGUCCAACGUACUAUGGUGGUACCACGAGUUCCAGCACGUGGCCGGUGCUGACAAGCUCAUUGUCGAGAGGAUGGCCAAGGGAGAGAAGCUGACACUGGCCUAUGGUACACUGAUUGAGAAGACCAUGUCAUUGACCAAGAAGGAGGAUCACAAGGAGGUGUUUGAGGCACUGCUCAAGGCGACACUGGACCGCCUGGCCACCUUUGCCAACAAGUUCUCUCUGCCACCACCCAUCGCCACACUUGGCGAUCGAUCAGGAUCCAUGGAGGUUGCCGUUAGGUUGGCCACCAUCAUCGGAUAUCUGAUCACCAAUCUCACACCCAACUCAACGUUGUCGUUCUUCAACACUGCCAACAUGGAGGCCCCCGUCAAGCCGUCCUCCAUCGACCAGCUGUUCAAACUGACCGAUCUGGUCAAGGCAACCGGAGGCACAGCCAACGCAGUUGGACUGCAGCCAUUCCUCAAGGAGAAGAAGCCACUCAAGUACCUGGUGAUGGUCACCGACGAGGAGGAGAACCAAAAGGUGGACAACAUGUACUUUGCCGAGAUGUUUGAUAAGUACAGAAAGGAGGUGACUGCCGACUGCAAGCUGGUGUUCAUCUCAUUCUUGCGCGCCAACCAGAAGGGCCAGAUGGUGACGCAGCUCAAGAACACCUACGACAUUGAGCCCAUCCAGUUCGUGCUGGACCGCUCGACACCAGACGUCACCAAGAUCGACAUGAUGCUGACGUCGCUGUCUUGCGAGUCGCCAAUGUUCCUCGUGCAGCAAGACCUCCUGACCAAGGUGUUCUCAUUGUUUGGCGCCAAGUUCUUCUUCAAGUACCUCGAGGAGAGCAAGAACAAGUUGUUCACCUACGGCUUCAACUCAGAGAUUGAGGUGUUUGUGUUGCAGCACCUGUGCAACUUCUACCUCAAGUCGCUGGACAAGGAGGAUGUGCUGCUCACCAACUUCAAGGGUCUGGUCGGCGACGAGUCCAACUGUCUGCGCAUGGUCAAUGAGCAUCUCAAGACCCUGGUCACAGUCUCAAAGGAGUGUGGACUGGAGGAGUUGGUCACGCAAGUGGACAUCAUCACCAAGAAGUUCAACUCAUUGCAGAGACAGCAUUCUGUCGAGUACCUUCGCGACACCCUCAACAGUCUCGACAAGGAGUUGUUCAACAAGAGAGUAGAGGCAUGA